AUGCAUGUCCAAUCAAGCACCCAGGUUCUAUCAAAGCUUUCGGAUCAACAAGCCAAUGGUCAAAGAUUAGAACACCGGUUGAUUUUCAAACCAUUUAUCGAUGGAAAGAGUGGAGUGGAGAAGAUCAGAUUAAGGCUUUCCCGACAACCACCAACCAAUCACUCACCGUCAAGGGGAUUGUUGAGCCCCCAAAAGCCGAAAAGUAGGCUUUCCAGAGAGGACACUUAUAACGAGGCACCAGCUAUAAAUACAAAGGAAGAAUCAUUGAAUUCCAAAACUAGUGCGGGUCUCCAUGGCAAGAGGCUAUCAGAAUUGAGCAAAAAUGAACUCCGAUCGAUUUGCUUUCCUAGUAGAUGGGGUCAAUCAUCUUCCUUCCCUGGAAAAUAUGGAGAAGACCAUAGAAGAGAAUUGCAUAAGUUAAGGAAUACUCUUGAAAGUAUUAACAGUGCGAAAAAUGCUUGGAAUGAAAACAAGAUUUGGAAGACUCUCUUGGAAAAUAAAGAGGACUUCUCACUUUAUCGCCGUCCCAGUCGGGGAGAAUACAUCCAACCACUCUCGCAGAGGGUUGCAACAAAUCAGGAAACACUUAUGCGACAAUUGAGAAGGGUUCAAGAAGCUGGAUUCAAAAUCACCCUGCAAGAGCAUGAAUUGACUGAAAAAAUCGCUAGCUUCUCCUUUGAACCCAAACAGGCAAUCGAGCUUUCUCCCGACGAAAAAAAGUUGCUCGAGGAGAUUACUCGUCGCACAGUCGCAAUUAGAAGACAAGAGCAGGCUCUGGAUCUUCUAAGGAGUUUCAAGAAAUUCCAGCAAGAAUUUAAAUUGGGUAGAAAUAAUCAUGAAGAUCUAGACCUCAUUGUUAGAGCACUUCAGGACUUGGGUGCUGAGGAAAGAGAGGGUCAAUUCUGGACUGAAUAUGAUGUGGCAUUAAUCAGGGCCUUGGAAAGUGAAAGUAAAAAUCUUAGAAAGGGUGAAAGUAACCUCAACAACAUAGCAAAAAAUCUGAGAAACCAGAAGGCUUAUGUGGUAUUAAAAAGCAAGGAUUAUAUCCGGCCACCGAAUAUGAAGGAAAUCAGAUUUAGAGAGAAAGUGAAGAAAAAUACUGCAUACUACCAAAGGAUUCAUCCACAUAAAGUCAUUGAGUUGCUGACCAAACAAGAAUCUCAAGAGGUUAAAAGACUAGCCAAGCAGUAUUACUGGAUGAGAGAGCAGCUUUGGACGCCCUCAAGCUCUGAGUUAAUUGAAAGAGCAAGACAAGAACUAGAAACUGAUCAAGGCUUAUCAGUUGUGGAGAUGCCAAUCCAAACAUUGAGAAAGGUUCAAGAGAAGAAAGGAAUAGAAAACAGUGUAGAGCCCACUGGGAUAAAUACAGUAGAAUCAGCCAAAAAUAAAGAAGUUCUCAGUAAGAUGCCUUUGUCAACUAGGGUUAAAAUUCUUGGAUUGGCGCUACGUAAAACACCAGUUACUGCUUCAGGUGAAAGUGCCUUUGAAGACCUGGCACGUCAAGAAAACUUGAUGAGGGCUUGUCAAGAAAGAGUCAAAGAUCAAGAAUUAGCACUAAGGCUGAUCCAGAACAUCAAAUUAGAGGAGUUGAAUGAGCCGGAAUGGCAGAAACUUCAAUACCUCUUUCCUCAUGAACUGGAAGGAAUAGCUCAUCUCAUUAAGAUUCCUUCUCAGGAUAAUUAUUCCAAGGUUGUUUUUGAUCAAAUGUUGAGCCUCAUUCAGACAGCUUCGGAUCGGAUCAAACUCAGUCAACACAUGCCAUUCAACAAUCAUCCUGGUCAUUUUCUUUUGAUGGAAGCAGAAUCCGAGUGGAGCCACUUAAAGUCUUACUUCACUAGACAUCAUGCAAUCUACAAGUUCCACAAUCCCCAGCUGGUGACAAAUAGACAAUCUUACGAUCAGUGACAUGAGCUCUUCAGAAGCAGAAUCCAAAUGGAGCCACUUGAAGUCUUACUUCACAAGACCUCAUGCAAUCUAUAACUUCCACAACCCUCAGCUGGUCCCAAAUAGAUGAUUUACUGCCUUACAAUCAGUGACAUGAGCUCUUCAAAUCUUAGGUCCAUGUCCAGCUUACAACUUUCUUAAAAGUUCCACUAAGAAAAUCAAAACAAAUCUUCUUUUCUUGAUUGUUUUGAAUUUAUCAG